AUGGCGUGGGGGUGCGCACAACCCCUUUCGCCAUCGAUGCAAGCGGAGGAUUGCCGCACGAAGAGUUACGCCAUCGAUGCGACGCGUUGCCCGAGGACGCGCCGUGUGCAGGUCAUCGUCGCGAUCCGAGCAGUUCAGGAUCACAAAGGUGCAUCGCGCCAGGCCAUCGUCAAGUAUCUCAAGUCAGAGUUCCAGUGCGAGAAUGGAGUCGCCAUCAAGAAGGCUUUGAAAUCAGACAAAUUGAUCCAGACGGGCCAGAGCUUCCGAGUGAAGGGCGAUGCACCCAUCGCGCCGCCGGCCGACGAAGUAGUCGGAACGGAAGACGUUACUGUUGGAGACGGCGCGGUCGCGCAGAAAGGCGACGAGGUCUCCAUGUCCUACGUCGGCACGCUCGAGGCGGACGGCUCGCGCUUCGACGCCGGCACGAACUUCCGCUUCACGCUCGGCGCCGGUCCUUUCCGGAGCAGGAAUCUCACGUUCGUCGUAGGCGCCCACGGGUCGAAUUCACGCACAGGCGACGUCAUCAAGGGCUGGGACCGGGGCAUAAUCGGCAUGCGCGUCGGCGGCCGCCGCAAGCUCGUCGUGCCCAGCAAAUUGGGCUACGGCAAGAAAGGCAGCGCCCCCGAGAUACCUCCGAACGCGACACUCCUCUUCGACGUCACGCUCGAGCGCAUACUGUAACAACUUAAAA